AUGCAUGAAACCGAUCACGCUGGUUGCAAGAAAAAAGUUCGCGAGUUUAUCGAACGACUGCCAGAAACCGAGAAGGGAAUUGAACAAAGUGGAUCUCACUUCGACAAUGUCAUCGCUAAAGUGAAGGAGUACUUUGGACUAUUGCCUGAAGAGAAGAAGAAUGAAUUGAAAGCAAAUUUCAAGGCGAUGCACGAGUCGAAAAACAUUGGCGAGCUGAAAAAGAAAAUCACAGAGCUCGAAGAAGACCACGAGGAGAGAAGACAAACCGUCGAGCACGUGCGCGAAGUGUGCUACGGUGUUUGGAAGCUGGAGGAGGUACAACCAUAG